AUGGACGUACCGUUCAUGUCGUCGGGUGCGAUGAGCAGGGCGCAAUACGCAUUCGUGCGCAAGGUGGAGACCGCCGACUCAGUCUCGGAGGCGGAACAGCAUAUCCAAGCGGAGGUGGAGGUUAUACGGCGCCAGCUGGGGGACCCGGCGCUUUCUCUUAGACAAUGCAAAGAAUACCUUGUGAUGCUCCUCUACUGUGGUAUGAAUGUGUCCGUGCUCCCUCCUGGAGGGAUGGAUUUCGCGCUGCCGCAUGCUGUACAUCUGGCAGAGUCUGGCAGCACUACGCAGGACAAAAGACUAGGGUAUGAGUUUUGUGCCCAGAUGAUGCCUCCGAAUCACGAGCUGCAGCUCAUGCUCGUUAACACUCUACGUAAAGACCUCGAAUGCUCUCAAAUUCCACGAAUAUGCCUAGCACUAGAAACGCUCAUCCACUCCCCCUUCCAGGACGUCGUCCCGGCCGUGCAGUCCCGGUUACACGAUCUGCUCUCCCACAACUCGCCAGACGUCCGUAGACGUGCCCUCGCCGCGAUGUGCGCGCUGGCGCGCCAGGAGCCUCACCUCCUCGCUAAUGCCGCUGAGAAAGUGGUAAAGCGUCUGAAAGACCCUCAGCCGAUCGUUAUUAGUGCUGCUCUCACGGCUGCGAUCGAGCUUUACAAGUCUGGCCAUGCACUAUCCUCCCGAGUCGCGUCCAUAGUAAAUGCGCUGCUGCCGCCAUCCUGGGAUCCUAAUCUGGACAAAUCUGAGUACUGGUUCUUGUUGAGAGUCUUGAGCGCUCUCCGCGUAUUUGGUCCUACAGCGGAAAAUCUCCGAUUGAUACUGCAGAUUAUUGAAUGGGCAGCGAAUAUAACACCCCUUCCCCGAUGUCAGUCCUAUCCGUCUCAUUGUCGAAUACUAGUACUUAUUCUAACCCUCCCAGCCUUACUCUAUCAAGCGUUCACCGUCCUAUCCACGCGAAAACCCGCCGUGGUCGCUAUGGUCCAGUCGUCUCCGCAAACCUGCCCGAUUCUUCCGAUCAGGAACCUCAUCAACUCGACGGAUCCGGACGAGCAGUACCUCCUCCUCUCGUGCAUUGAAUGCCUGGACGCUGCCGCGUGGGCAGGCACAAUACCUGAGGUUCCCGGCGUCCUGGACUCCUGGGAGGUCGAGCGGAUCAUGACGUUCCUUGACUCGCCUGACGAGGCUAUCCGGCGAAAGACCCUGGGCAUACUGAACGCGGUGGACAGCAAUAUCGUGCAAGGGUGCUAUGCCCGGAUCCUGGAGAACAUCCCGGACGAGUCGUUCGUCGAUGAGCUGAAUGUUGCGGCUCAGCGUGCGCUCGAGGUCGUGGAGGUCCUGGAUGGCGACGACGGCGCAGCAUACGCCACACGACUCCAGAACGCCUUCGCCGCUUUCGAAGGGCGCGGCCAGAACAUCGUCCUAGAGAAAGCUGUAGAGAAAGUGCUGACGCGUUUCCGCACAUCUGAACGCGAGUUCCGAGUUGCAUGUCUGACCGUCCUACUCGAGCCUCUGCAAGACGCCACAGCCAAAAUGGGCGCCACAUCGAUGGUCAUCGUCACAGCACUGAUAGUAGAGCACUUACCUAUGUGCCCUGUUCCACCCGGGCGGCUGCUACAGGGGCUAGCUGGGCGGCUGUCCUCGUAUCCAUCGUCGGUUAAGGAUGCUUGUUUGGUCGCGAUGUUGAGGUUGUCGGCAGAGUGCGAGGUGCCUCCCGAUGUGACAGAGCGUGUGAGAGAAUUGUCUGAGCGCUCUGGGCGAUAUAUUCGACAACGCUGCCAGCAGUUCAUCAGUCUUAAUACCCAAAAGGAAAUUCUUCAGCGUGCCGUGGCGCAUUCCAAAACAUCAUCUCUUCCGGAUUUUCUAAUCUCGCUGGAAGCGAGCAUCGCAUCAUCCGCUGACUCACCGACUAAGCCUCGGACAUCCAGUCCUCGGCCGACCAGUCCACAAGAUGGGCGCUCGUCCCGCGCCUCGCUCUCCGCGAGCAAGCUGCGCUAUGAUGCAUACGAGCCUCCUCGAACGCAGGCGCGAUUGCGCGCCCAUCGUAGCGCAAGCAGUUCCCGGUCUGUAGGUUCCUCGGAUCUCGGCAGCCCUCGCUCGGAGCGCUUUGCCCUUCAUGACGAUCCCCUGUCGAGGACUGUCACUGCUGGUGACUUGACGCUUGCGGCUGGGGAUCCUGAAUUAGUGCGGACAGCUCGUGAACAGAAGCACAGUGUUAGAGCACCCCAGCAGGUACCGGACUUGCUGGCUGAUGCAGAGAUAUCAAGGUCAGACUUGAUAAUACUGGAGUCACCCUUCUCCUCGGAGCCCGUCGAUCUCGCAGCUUCGGGUGCCGAACCCGACUUCGAGACCAUAUGGAACGCUAUGGAGCCGUCGAAUCUGCGCGGAUGGUGCGAUUCCUCCAUAGACGCUGUUGUUCGCCAGUUCCAGACCCUGCAGCUUGCUAUGCGAGUCAUAGCAGCAGACCAAGCACCGUUUGAAGGUACGCAUUUUUCAUUGUACAGUGCUUCCUAG